AUGGCUGACCGUGGUCGUGUUCGUUUCGCCGCAGACGACGAUCAUGCUCCUCCCCAGCGCUACGAGCCCUCUUUUCCCGAAAAAUCCUACGCCUCUGAGAUCUAUGAAGCCUCAAGAGAUCCCAGGUCUCCGCAGACCGGUCACAGCGUCCGCUUUCAUGAUGGGCCACCCGUCAACAGUCCCCAAAUUUCUAGUCCAGUCGUUCGUGACCCGACUCCCUUCCAUCGUGCAUACGUCGAAUCUGGAGACGAAGAUGAGGUUGACGAGAGUCCCCGAACUGUAGAACCCCUUCAACUUCGGCGACAGCAAGUCCCCUUGGACACACAAAUGGUCAUGCAUAGUAACGAAGAAAUCACACACCGCGAGAUACAACCAGUCCCUACCAUCACUCAAGAGCAGGCACUCAGGCGUGCGCAUCAUCGACGCUACAUCUCUCAAGUCUCUGGCGACGACGUCUUUGACGAACCCAGCAGUGGAGAGGAUACAGUAUAUGAUGACUCUGGUGUUCCUACAAAGAAGGAUGACGCCAGUACGAGUACAUUCGAGUCCGUUGCUCCACUUCCAUCGGCGCACGCAAGGCCUAAUGAACGUUCCUAUGCAAAGCCCACUCUACGACCGUCGCUGAAGCGUACACAAACGACGCUCGAAGAAGGGGGUGUUCCGGCAUCCCGUGGAAUUGUCGAGAAUCUUAUAAGCCUGUACGGUCUGUCCAAACGGCAACCUGAUCAUGACCCUAUGACAAUCUCGCGUGGCCCGUCAGCGGAUGAUCCGGGGAGGACUGGUCUGAGGUCAAGGGGAAUGAGAAGUGACGAGACACUCCCUCCGGAUGUAGCAGAGCCUCGGCCUUUGGAUCCAGAUCAUCCUCUGGUUACGGGCAUCAAGAAGAAUACUCGCACGAGGCCAACCUGGCAAAUGAACCGUACGAGAAGCAGGGACUCUCGGCACAUCGUAAACCACAUCGCUACGAGAACGCAAAGAGAAAUGUUCAUCCUGCGCUUGGCAAAGGCUCUGAUGACAUUCGGUGCUCCAUCGCACAGAAUUGAAUCUCAGCUAGAUGCGACGGCGAUCGUCCUCGAAGUGAACGCGCAGUUUAUCCAUCUUCCUUCGGUCAUCAUCGCGUCCUUUGGUGACCAAGACAACCAAGCAAGCGAAACUCACUUUGUCAAAGCAAACGGUCGCCUUGCGCUCGGCAAACUUCACAACGUACAUCAAGUCUAUCGUCAGGUCGUCCACGACGAGAUUAGUGCCGAAGAAGGCACAGUGCUCUUGACAAAGCUGAUGCGCGAACCACCCUUGUACAACUCGCUGAUUCGGUGCUUUAUCGCCUUUCUUUGUUGCGCGCUGAUUUGUCCACUGGCUUUUGGUGGCUCUUUUCUGGAUAUGUGGGUCGCCGGAGCCUGUGGUGCGGUCCUCUGUUUCCUUCAGCUGCAUGCAGCAACGAAAAGCGCUAUGUAUGCAAACGUCUUUGAACUGUCGGUCUCCGUCUUGAUCUCAUUCGUCGCACGGGGGCUGUCCACGAUCCCUGGUCGAUACUUUUGCUACGAGGCCAUCUCGUCGUCUGGAGUCGUGCUGAUUUUGCCUGGCUAUCUGAUCUUAUGCAGCGCCCUCGAGCUCGCAUCUAAGAACAUCGUCAAUGGCAGCGUUCGGAUGAUAUACGCGAUCAUCUACUCGCUCUUCCUUGGCUUUGGACUUACUAUUGGCUCCGACUUGUAUUACAUCAUCGAUAGGCGAGCCCAAACGCAGCGAUUCGAGGAAGCCACAGCCAAUCGCACGACGGUCACUUUGCAUGGCGCGUUCACGCCGGACAACUCGACUGUUCCCUCAUUCGAUGGUGUCUUUACCUUUUCCAACGAUACCGACAAGAUCGAUGCCAAUACCGUGUUGGGCUGUUACCGAGAUCCGACGUGGCCGUGGUUCCAGCAAGACUUUCCGUUCUGGUCACUAUUCCUUUUGGUCCCUACCUUCAGCCUCUUCUCGAGCUUGUGGAAUCUACAGCCAUUGAAGAGCAAGCAGCUACCGGUCAUGAUCUUGAUCAGCUGUGCAGCCUUUGCAGCCAAUCAAGCGGCCAACAAGUACAUUCUCAACCGGAGUGAUGUCGUCAGCGCCAUUGGUGCCUUUGUUGUUGGUAUUCUGGGGAAUCUGUAUUCUCGCGUCUUCCGAGGAACAGCGUUCCAGUGCAUGGUGAUUGGGGUUCUUUUCUUAGUCCCGUCUGGUAUCGCCGCCGCCGGAGGCCUGUCACAAAACUAUCGUAAUCAAGAAGGCGAUGAGUACACGACAGGACUCGCAAUCGGUCUGCGCAUGAUCCAAGUGGCUAUUGGUAUCACUGUUGGGCUCUUUGGCAGUGGUCUCAUCGUCUACUCGUUUGGAACUCGAAAGCAGGCGGCCCUCUUUGCCUUCUAA